CUCCCGCAUUGGCGCACCACUGAUUAGCCGGCGACGGCGUACGUGGCGCACUAGCGGGCUCGACCGAUCGCCGGAUUAUCCAUGUCCUACUACCUGCCUGCACACCUGAACAAGGCAUAUGCUCUUACGAGGUUCCCGUGCCGGCUCCGGCGCCUUUUGCGACGCAGUAUAUAUAGGGUUCCACACGUCUGAGCAGAGCCUCCACAAGCUAGUAGACUGCUUGUGGCUAUCUAGCAAUAAUGCUUGCCAAGAUGGGUGGCAGCGCCAAGGCCUACGCUGCCGUCGUUCUCAUCAGGCUCAUGUACUCCGGCAUGCAUGUCGUGAGCAAGGUGGCCUUGGAUCAGGGCAUGAACCCCCUGGUGUUCGUCUUCUACCGGCACACCACUGCCGCGCUCGUGCUGAUCCCUAUCACCUUUGUUCUGGAGAGGCGAAAAGCUAAGCCGGUGACGUUCAAGAUUGGGUGGAAGAUGUUCGUGCACGCCCUAUAUGGAGUGACAGCAUGUGGUGUCUUAUUUAAUCUUGGCCUCAACUACGCUUCUGCUACGUCGUCAUCAGCAUUGUACAAUGUUCAGCCGGUGGUCACAUUCAUCCUAGCCGUUAUAUUCGGGAUGGAGACUCUGAAACUGACGAGGUUCCAUGGCAAAGUAAAAUUCGCGGGUAUCCUCUUCUGCAUCGCCGGCGUCACCGCGCUGGCCUUCUACGAGGGGCCAAUGUUCAGAUCCUUCAACCAUCACCAUCUCUUCCAGAACGGCGGUAGCAGCAGUCCCGCUGGAGCAGCAGAGACGCCGCACUCCAAGAAGCAAUGGGUGCUGGGAAUUUUUCUCAUGACACUAUCCAACAUUCUAGCAGGCCUGUGGACAGUCCUUCAGGGGCCACUGAUAGAGGACACCUCCAAGCUGAUGAACACCACGCUCCAGAUCUCGUGCGCGUCGGUCCAAGCCUUCCUCGUGGCCGUUGCAGCCGAGAGGGACUUCUCCAAGUGGAAGCUGGGCUGGAACGUUGGCCUCGCCGCGAUAGUCUACAGCGGCGUGAUCGUGACGGCGCUCUCGUACUACAUGCAAAUGUGGACGAUCGCCAAGAGGGGCCCGGUGUUCCUGGCCAUGUCGAUGCCGCUCACCUUCGUGUUCACCAUCGUCAUAUCCUCCUCCAUCAUCGGGGACGCCGUCAGCCUAGGAAGCAUCUUUGCCGGAGUACUCCUGGUGGGGGGCCUGUACAACGUGUUCUGGGGGAAGAGCAUCGAGGAGCGAGACGACCUGACCAAGAUCAGCGCCGCCGCCGCCGGCAAGCCCGGGCUGGAGCUGCCGCCGGCGCAGAACAGCAAGGCGGACGUGCAGGCGCCCCAAGUGCCGGAUGACGACGACGGCGCAGAAGCAAAGGUCUGAUUCAGCUUUCGGCCCGACGACGUGACAGGAAAGAUCGUGUGCAAAGCUAUUGGGGCAGGCCACUAGGUUUCAGGGUGCUGGGAACACAAUCGGCAGCCAGCAGCUGCGUCCAAAUUGAUUCGAUCCAGCCAGAUGACUGUUCUCUGUGCCAUUGUAUGUACACGCCCCGGCACGGUGUUCCUCGUCCACAGCACCAUAGUUCACUUCACCCAACCGCAUGAAUGAAUAAAAAAAAGAAAGGAAGCCUCGGUCGCUUUCAGCGAGCUCCUGUGCGGCUUCGCCUGUUC